AUGAAUCGAAUUAAAAGACAAAGAAAUUUUCGUCAGUUACAAACUUUUAAAAAGAAAAAGACACUUAGUUGUAUUGAGAAUCUUUCGAAUGAAAUAUUCUAUGAAAUAUUUGAUUAUCUUGAUGGUUAUAAUAUUUAUCAAGCAUUUUCGAAUCUGAAUAUUCGUUUAGAAAAUCUUCUAAUUAGUCCAGCAUUGACUAUGAAAAUCGAAAUAUCUUCUAAAACAAAACUUGAUUCUCAUUAUUAUAAACAAUUUAUAAGAUCAAACAAAUAUCAUAUUAUUUCAAUUGAUUUUGAUUCUCAAUCAAGUCUCAAUGAUUUCAUGAAUUUGUUUAUUAUUGAUACAUUAUUUGUUCGACUUGAAUCAAUUAUUCUUAAUUCAAUCUCAACAUAUAAAUUAUUGAUUCUUCUUUUUUAUUUGAAAUCUUUACCUAAUCUCUCUUCAUUAAGUAUUUGUCUUACGAAUUGUUCUUGUGAUAUUGGUCAUAUCUAUCAAAUGAUUUUUCAUUUAUCUUUGAAAUAUUUUCGAGUAGCAGUACCACAACAUCCACUAUUAUCUAUUACUAUACCAAUUGCUGUUCAAGAUCAAUAUUCUUCUAUUGAAUAUCUUCUUAUUUAUCAUCGAUGUACUUUCAAUCAACUUACUAAUAUACUUUUACAUACACCUCGACUUUCUCAUUUAUAUUGUUUCAAUAUAAUCGAAUCAGAUGAUAAUAUCAAAUUUAAAUUAAUAAACAAAUUAAAUAACUUAACACAUUUAACAGUUACUUUACGGGAUAUAGAGUUCGAUGAAUUUGAAAAUUUCCUAUUGAAACAUUGUUCUCAAUUAGAAUUAUUAAAUGUUAAAAUUUAUAGUAUGGAUGAAAUUUAUUUAGAUGCUGAUCGAUGGGAACAAUUAAUUACACAAAAUAUAACAUCAUUAACUAAAUUUAUCUUUCGUUAUAGUGAUACUAUUGAUGAGGAUUUUCAAAUAACUUAUUGUCAUUCAUUAAUUAAUCGUUUUAUUUCAUCAUUUUGGAUUGAUCGAAAAUGGAUUUUUAAACUUUUAAUUGAAGAUGAUGAACUCAUUUAUUCAAUACGUCCAUAUCAAGAAACUUGGAUCGACAUUCAACGAUAUUUGUAUGUUAAACAAGGUUCAAAAAAUAAUAUUGAUAAUUCGUCGAAUCGUUAUUUUUCAACAGUUGAACUUGAUGUUACUGGUAAUUUUCUCACCGAAAAUGAUGAACCAUUGAUUAAGAAAAUUAAUUCUAUAUUUAAUAUGAUAGAAAUAACUUAUUUGAAUAUUGAAUGUGAACAAAUAACUGUUAGUAUGUUGAUUAUAAUUUUAGAUGCUUUAAGAAAUUUGAAUUCAAUAAGAUUAUCAAAUUCACCAUUAUGUCAACAAAUGGAUUUAAAUAUUCGAGAUAAAAAUAUCUUCAAAAAAUUUUUAAAAAUCAACAAAAUUACAAAAAUAACACUUAGAAAUGUAACUGAACAAGAUCGAAUAGAUUUUAUUUUAAAACAUUUUUCUCGUAUAGAAUUCUUUGGAUUAGAAAUUGUGCGAGAUCGUGAUCUUAAAUCAAUCAUAAACUAUCUCUUUAAGAAUAUUAAACAUAACAAUAUUUAUCAUCCUAUGACUAUAUGUGUUUUUUGUGAUGAUGCAAAUUAUAAUAAAGUAGAGAAAUUGUAUCAAAUGAUUAAUUCAAAAAACUUACUCAACAACUAUACAAUAUAUCGUCAAUACGAUAGAUUUUAUAUACAAUGGAAAUGA